AUGUCAGGUGAGCAGAAAAGGUUGGAAAUGGUCAUUGUCGAAACGGCAGCGCCUGGCACGUUCUUGGAGGACCCCGGGCGCUGAAGAGGAAGGGAACAGGCGCAGGGGGGUCUGGAAAGGCAGCAUGCGCCCGCCAGCCGCAACCUCGGCGCCCAGGGUCUGAAGCUGCAGCCCCAGUUCGCCAUUGUGAGCUGCCGCCGGGGGAGUCCGCUAGCGCAGCCAUCCCCCGGGGUCCGGGUCCACGCAGUGAUGGGGCACUUGCCCACGAGGACUCGCGGUGGCCACCGCCUCCUGCCUCUGCUCUGGCUCUUUGUGCUGCUCAAGAAUGCUGCACCUUUUCAUGUAACUGUCCAAGAUGAUAACAACAUCGUCGUCUCCUUAGAAGCUUCGGAUGUCAUCAGUCCAGCAUCUGUGUAUGUUGUGAAGAUAACUGGUGAAUCCAAAAAUUAUUUCUUCGAAUUUGAGGAAUUCAACAGCACUUUGCCUCCUCCUGUUAUCUUUAAGGCCAAUUAUCAUGGCCUUUAUUACAUAAUCACUCUGGUAGUGGUCAAUGGAAAUGUGGUGACCAAGCCAUCCAGAUCAAUCACUGUGCUAACAAAACCUCUACCUGUAACCAGUGUUUCCAUAUAUGACUACAAACCUUCUCCUGAAACAGGAGUCCUGUUUGAAAUUCAUUAUCCAGAAAAAUACAAUGUUUUCACCAGAGUAAACAUAAGCUACUGGGAAGGUAAAGACUUCCGGACAAUGCUGUAUAAAGAUUUUUUUAAGGGAAAAACAGUAUUUAAUCACUGGCUUCCAGGGAUAUGUUAUAGCAAUAUCACCUUUCAGCUGGUAUCUGAGGCAACUUUUAAUAAAAGUACCCUGGUGGAGUAUAGUGGUGUCAGCCAUGAACCCAAACAGCAUAGGACUGCACCUUAUCCACCUCAGAAUAUUUCUGUUCGUAUUGUGAACUUGAACAAGAACAACUGGGAAGAACAGAGUGGCAGUUUCCCGGAGGAAUCAUUCCUGAGAUCACAGGAUACAAUAGGAAAAGACAAACUCGUCCAUUUUACAGAAGAAACUUCUGAAAUUCCUUCUGGCAACAUUUCCUCUGGUUGGCCUGAUUUUAACAGCAGUGAUGAUGAAACUACAUCUCAGCCUUACUGGUGGGACAGUGCAUCUGCAACUCCUGAAAGUGAAGACGAAUUUGUCAGUGUGGCUCCCACGGAAUGUAUCCAUUCAGACAUCUUCUCUUUCUUUGCAUGUGACUUAGAGAACUUCACGGAACAUUUGACAGUGGGUGAAGAAGCACAUGAAUUUGUUGCAGAACUGAAGGCGCCUGGGAAAUACAAGUUAUCGGUGACAACCUUUAGUUCUUCAGGAUCUUGUGAAACUCGAAAAAGUCAGUCAGCAAAAUCACUCAGCUUUUAUAUCAGUCCCUCAGGAGAGUGGAUUGAAGAGUUGACUGAGAAGCCCCAGCACGUGAGCGUCCAUGUUUUAAGCUCCACCACUGCCUUGAUGUCCUGGACGUCUUCCCAAGAGAACUACAACAGCACCAUUGUGUCUGUGGUGUCACUGACCUGCCAGAAACAAAAGGAGAGCCAGAGGCUUGAAAAGCAGUACUGCACUCAGGUGAACUCAAGCAAACCUAUUAUUGAAAAUCUGGUUCCUGGUGCCCAGUACCAGGUUGUGAUGUACCUAAGGAAAGGCCCUUUGAUUGGACCACCUUCAGAUCCUGUGACAUUUGCCAUCGUUCCCACUGGAAUAAAGGAUUUAAUGCUCUAUCCCUUGGGUCCUACAGCAGUGGUUCUGAGCUGGACCAGACCUUACUUAGGAGUGUUCAGAAAAUAUGUGGUUGAAAUGUUUUAUUUCAACCCCACGACAAUGACAUCAGAGUGGACAACCUACUAUGAAAUCGCAGCUACCGUCUCCCUAACUGCAUCCGUGAGAAUAGGUAAUCUGUUGCCAGCGUGGUACUACAACUUUCGGGUUACCAUGGUGACAUGGGGGGAUCCAGAAUUAAGCUGUUGUGACAGCUCCACCAUCAGCUUCAUAACAGCCCCCGUGGCUCCAGAAAUCACUUCUGUAGAAUAUUUCAACAGUCUGCUAUACAUCAGUUGGACAUAUGGGGAUGACACAACUGACCUCUCCCAUUCUAGAAUGCUACACUGGAUGGUUGUCGCAGAAGGAAAGAAGAAAAUUAAAAAGAGUGUAACGCGCAAUGUCAUGACAGCAAUUCUCAGCUUGCCUCCAGGAGACAUCUACAAUCUCUCAGUAACUGCCUGUACUGAAAGAGGAAGUAAUACCUCCAUGCUCCGCCUUGUCAAGCUAGGUAAGAAGAAUGCACAGGAACCGGUUGCUGUUUCUUCACACGUUGUGACCAUCUCUAGUCUCCUUCCCGCCACUGCCUACAACUGCAGUGUCACCAGCUUUAGCCAUGACAGCCCUAGCGUCCCCACAUUCAUAGCUGUCUCAACAAUGGUUACAGAGAUGAAUCCCAAUGUGGUGGUGAUCUCAGUGUUGGCCAUCCUCAGCACACUUUUAAUUGGACUGCUGCUUGUGACUCUCAUUAUUCUUAGGAAAAAGCAUCUGCAGAUGGCUAGGGAAUGUGGAGCUGGCACCUUUGUCAAUUUUGCAUCCUUGGAGAGGGAUGGAAAGCUUCCGUAUAACUGGCGUAGGAGUAUCUUUGCUUUCUUAACCCUGCUACCCUCAUGUCUUUGGACUGAUUAUCUUUUGGCAUUUUAUAUUAAUCCUUGGAGUAAAAAUGGUUUAAAGAAGAGGAAACUGACUAAAAGGCUAAGGAAGGCCCUCUCCAUCUUUGUCCAGAAACACGGCUGCAAAGAUAAUAAAGCAAAAGCUAGAUCAUUUGCCAUGCAGUUCGCAAAAGAUGAUCUUUCAUUUCUGGUAGUAGCUUCAGCACCACUGUUUCUGGAGUUGAAAUUGAUUGGACUGGACAUUCCACACUUUGCUGCAGAUCUGCCACUGAAUCGAUGUAAAAACCGUUACACAAACAUCCUACCAUAUGACUUUAGCCGGGUGAGAUUAGUCUCCAUGAAUGAAGAGGAAGGGGCCGACUACAUCAAUGCCAACUACAUUCCUGGAUACAACUCACCUCAGGAGUAUAUCGCCACCCAGGGGCCGCUGCCUGAAACCAGGAAUGACUUCUGGAAGAUGGUCCUACAACAAAAAUCUCAGAUUAUUGUCAUGCUCACUCAGUGUAACGAGAAAAGGCGGGUAACUUGUGAUCAUCAAUGGAGACCUGGUCCAUCCAGUCUGUGGGCUGGGAGAUUAAUGCUUAACAUUGUUUUUGUCUUUUAUUCCCUAAAGGCUGAUGAAACGCAGGACGUGAUGCAUUUUAACUACACGGCCUGGCCUGAUCACGGUGUGCCCACGGCGAACGCUGCAGAGAGCAUCCUGCAGUUCGUGCACAUGGUCCGACAGCAAGCUACCAAGAGCAAGGGCCCCAUGGUCAUCCACUGCAGUGCUGGCGUGGGACGGACGGGGACAUUCAUUGCCCUGGACAGACUCCUGCAGCACAUCCGGGAUCAUGAGUUUGUUGACAUCUUAGGGCUGGUGUCAGAAAUGCGGUCCUACCGGAUGUCUAUGGUACAGACAGAGGAGCAGUACAUUUUUAUCCAUCAGUGUGUGCAGCUGAUGUGGAUGAAGAAGAAGCAGCAGUUCUGCAUCAGUGAUGUCAUCUAUGAGAAUGUCACCAAGUCCUAG